UCACACACACAUACUCAUGCACAUGACAGUUCCCUUAUCUCUCAGAGCCAGUGCUUGUGUUUGAAAUAGGGACUUGUGUAUUGACCAGUUUUGGCUCGCUGCUCAUUUGGAAGAUUCCCUUCUUGACACACUUUAUUUCGUUGACAGUCUUUCACCACUCUGAACUUGUCGUCGUGCGAGUGGGAGUUUUUCUUCUUCUUUUUUUUUUUUUCUUGUGGUCGGUUGGUUUGUUUUCGCUCUGCUGUUUACUCAAUUAGGUAGAGGUGUGGUAGAGAGAGAGAGAAAGAGAUCUUGCAGCUGCUAGUGUACAGGUCUGGCGUUCUGCGUGUUGCUGAACAGGACAGAGAAGAUCCUCUCAGGCUGAGAGAGAGAGAGAGGUUGGCCUCAGCGUCUCUGUUGUGGGCAUAAACACAGUGUGACACGGCCAACCGAUCGACAGCACAGCCUCAUGGGAAAGUAGGGCCCCAGGACUUGUGAACAGAUGCCCUUACGCAUCCAGAGAAUCAGCGCAGGAGUUCAGAAGGGAGAAGAUCAUCCUUAUGCCAUGAUUCGAAAAGAAACCAAAAGAUAGAGACUCCUGCCGUAGGGCUCAGCUUUGAGAUCCAGGCGAUGUCGUUUCGCGAAGAUCUUCGCAAAGUGAGGAAGAAGGCAUCGUUCUGCGUCACUCACUGGACACAGCAGAACGGCUCCAGCAACACCUCCUCACACAGGAAGUCACGUCAGGAAGGAGGGAGCAUGAAGAAGACCAGGAGGCCAGUACAGAGGAGGAUGACCUGUCCGAGUCCUCACGAGAUCAGCCGGGCACUGCAGAGCCCCACCAUACCUGCGAGUGCCCGUGCUGCCAGUCUGGACGAGCUCAUUCAGCGCUGUCUGCACUGCUUCGACUCUGAAGGGAAGUUAAUCCGAGGCAUUCAGCUGGUCAAUAUGACUCUGAUGAUGCACAACUGGGUCGUGCCGUCACACACCUUCGCCCAUAAACUGCUCUCUCUCUACAAGGAUUGUCCUGUGGAGAAGAGAGCCCAGAGGAGGCCACAGAUCUGCCAGUUCAUCAGGCACUGGAUAGCUCAUUAUCCUCUGAUGUUUGAGACGGACCCUCUGUUGGAGGAGGUCAUGGGGGAUCUGUGUGCUCUGGUCAGGGCUGAAAAGGACUCCCACUGCCAGCUGAUUGAUACUCCAUACCCUAAUCCUCCUGCAGACAUCUGCUUGGCUCCUUCACCCUCAGUGAAGAAGAGGAAGGUGUCUCUACUGUUUGACCACAUGGAGGCUGAUGAGAUUGCAGAGCACCUCAGUUAUCUGGAGUUCAAAAACUUCUGCAGCGUUUCAUUCCUGGAUUACCGCAGCUACAUGGUGCACGGCUCUGUGAGGAAUAACCCUGCACUGGAACGCUCUGUAAUGUUGUGUAAUGGUGUCUCGCAGUGGGUCCAGCUCAUGAUCCUCAACAGACACACUCCACAGCAGAGGGCUGAAGUCUUCACAAAAUUCAUUCAUGUAGCACAGAAACUGAGGUCCCUGCAGAAUUUCAACACUCUGAUGGCAGUCAUAGGCGGUCUGUGUCACAGCUCCAUCUCCCGACUGAAAGAUACGGCCAGUCUACUCUCCUCUGACAUCACCAAGGCGCUGAGUGAGCUCACGGAGUUGCUCUCCUCCUACAGUAACUACACUAACUACAGACGAGUGUACAAUGAGUGCAACGGCUUUAAAGUGCCCAUCCUGGGUGUGCACCUUAAAGACCUUAUCUCUCUGAAUGAGGCACUGCCUGACUACCUGGAGGGCGACAAGAUCAACCUGGGAAAGCUACAGCACCUAUACAGCAACAUCAGCGAUCUGCUGGCCAUCCACAAGUGCAAGCCACCAUUCGAGGCCAACAAAGACCUGCUGCACCUGCUGACGCUUUCCCUGGACUUGUACUACACCGAGGAUGAGAUCUACGAGCUCUCCUAUGCCAAGGAACCCAAGAAUCCCAAAAUACAGCCUGUGACCCCAGUGAAGCCCCCUGUGGUCGCUGAAUGGGGGUCAGGUGUGGCUCCACGCCUCGACCCCGACACCAUCUCCAAACACGUCAAACAGAUGGUGGAUUCGAUCAUGAAGAAUUAUGAUCUGAACAUGGACGGCUACAUCUCUCUGGAGGACUUUGAGAAGAUAGCUGCUAAUUUUCCUUUCUCCUUCUGCACUCAUGACAGUGACAGGGAAGGAGAGAUUAGCAGAGAGGAGAUCACGUCCUAUUUCAUGCGAGGGAUGUCAGUAUGUGCUAAGCUGGGCUUCAACCUCCACAACCUGCACAACUUCCAUGAGAUGACGUACAAGAGGCCCACCUUCUGCGACACCUGCCGAGGAUUUCUAUGGGGAGUCAUAAAGCAAGGCUACCAUUGCAAAGACUGUGGGGUAAACUGUCAUAAGCACUGUAAAGAUCUGGUGGCGAUGGAGUGUAUGAAGUUCCAGGUUUCUGGAGGCUCCUGUCCCUGCACUCCAGGUCCAGGAUCCGGGAUAAGGACAAAGGGAAACAGCUGGAGUUCUGAGGAAGAAGCAUUUGUGUUUCCUCAUGGAAAUGGACCUGACCACUCCAAAAGUCACUCCACUCCACAGAGCAUCGCUGAGAACGCCUCGCUGUCGGACCGCUCCACUCAGACAGACCCGGGAGUGUGGACACCAGUGGCAAACCGCAGAGACCUGCACCAUUCCAAAACUCCAUCGCCCACUGAGAAGAGUGCCACACUGCCAGUCAGAAUGAGAGGUUCAUCUGCACCCAGCUCUUUCCUCCAGGAGAAAAUGGAGGAGCUCCAAUUAAACAAAGACAAACGCAAGGAGCCAGACUGAAUCCCAGUGCAUGGCCAAGACAGAAAAGACUGCGCCAACAUUUAGUAUUUGGAAACAGACUAUUUAAACACACUGAACACAUAUUUCAUUACAUGUAACAAAGAACUGAACUGUGCACACACCUUAAACAGAUGCAUUAAUGUUACGAAAACUUGAGUGGGACCAUUGUGAUUUCAGCUACACCUUCAGAGCCAUGUUGGACGAGAACAGAACCGAGAGAUAAUCACCAGCAUCUACUGCCAACAUAUAUGAAUAUUAAUAAACAUUUCUAGAGAAGCAUCCAAAGGUGGACUACCAGAGCACUGCUUUCACCACUACUGCCUGCGUGUAAGAGUUAAGGACCUUCCUAUGCACCUCUACACCACCCGCACGAUUAAACCACAGAAAAAAAAGGUGCUUACUGCCACAGCUGUGUUCAUGUGUACCAAAAAAGUUUGAUAUUUAGCCUUUCGUGUUCACACUGACGCGUGUUUUGUACUGUGAAUUACAUCAAGAUGUGUGGAGGAUAUCGUCUGUGCCUCGUAUCAUAGGAAUGUGAAUCGCUCUGACUUGCCAAAAGGCCAUGUCGGCUGGUGCUGUACUCCCAUAAUGCAUCACUGUGCCUUAUGCAAUGACCACUUUCACUCAGAGUAUGGAAGAAGGGUACUGAAUACACUGAUUGAGCCAAUGGGGAAUGCUGGAAACGAUCACUGUGGACUCAAUGUGAUUUUUUGAUCGUUCCUCUAACAACAUUCCACCGAAUGUAUGUUUCCGACUUGAAUGUCUGUCUUACUAAAUCCUGUACUUAGGCUGUAGAUGUUUAUUUAUUGAGAAUUUAUUAAUAUGAAUCUACAGUAUUUUUCACCUUACAGCACUGCCAGAUUACUGCCAUGACUGUUUAAAAAGAAAAAAAGAAAGAAAAAAAAA